UCCUGUCGCUGUUGUAGGGGGUAUUGGUUGCCAUAGGCUAGUUGACGUUACAACCAUGGAAAUCGACACACUUUUGGAGGCUUUCACGGACUUUGAGAAGAAAGGGAAGAAAGAUGCCUGUCCUGCCCUGGAUCAACUUCUGUCUCAUGUCGCCAAAACGGGAGAAACGAUGGAAUGAAGUCGCAGUCUUUGCAGGAGGGAGGGAAUCUGAUUUCAUUGGUCCUCAACUCACGGCUCAGUCAUUUCAUUCAGAGAUUUCAUGGUCACAGUUCAAAAGUUAUUUCCUGUUUAAACUUGAGAAAGUAAUGGAUGACUUCAGAACCUCGACGCCAGACCAGCGAGGGCCAGCGAAUCCUAAUGUGGAGUACAUUCCUUUUGAAGAGAUGAAGGAAAGGAUUCUCAAAAUUGUAGAUGGGUACAACGGUAUUCCGUUCACCAUCCAGCGUCUGUGUGAGUUACUUACUGAACCUAAGAGGAACUACACUGGAACAGACAAGUUCCUCAGGGGAGUGGAGAAGAAUGUGAUGGUGGUCAGCUGUGUAUAUCCUACAUCAGAGAAAAAUGGGGCAACCAGUGUAAACAGAAUGAAUGGAGUGAUGUUCCCUGGCAAUACCUCUAUUUAUUCACGAAGGAAUAUAAAUGGACCAGGCACCCCAAGGCCACUGAACAGACCAAAGCUAUUGCUAUCCACCUCUCUGGCUACAAACGGUCUCCCUGACAGCACAGACGAUAAGGAACCACUCACAGAACAAGAGGAGGAGCAUGUUGUCAGUGAUUCCUCGGUAUCGGAAAGUGAUGCCACAAAAACCAGUCUGAUGAAGACCAAGCAUCCAGAAGAGGAUGCAACGGAGGCAGAGAUCCAUUCAGUCAAGAGGCUGAAGUUUGAGAAAGACAUGGAUGAAGAUGAGAUGUCUGGUCCUGCACCUGCCCAAAGCUCAGCAGACAUGCCAGAAUCGUCAACGGACAUUGUUGAGGAAGAAAAAGACAAGUCUGCUGAUAUGCUCACCACAGACGAUCAUGAGCCCUCCAGCACUCAGACAGAAGAGCCCUUUGAUGAGGAAGAGACGGCGGAGACAUCAGAGAGAGAGGCCGAGUCUGGCCCUACUAACAGUCUAAAAAGUGACAGCACCAUGGACCAGUCAGAGGAGCAGCUUGAUCAGUCAGGGAAAGAUUUAAGUUUAGAGGAACAGGGGGAAGGGGAUUGCAGCGACCCAGUCAGUAGCAGUAGCAGCAAUGGGGAGGGAGCACCCAGUGAAGAGCCUGUCCCAUCUGCCUCUCCCAGCAGUAAAGCUGAGUCGUUGGCAGAGGGCGCUGCAGCAGAAAACAGUUCAGAAAGCCCAGAGACUGCAGAUGAGCCCAUGGAACAGGACUAACCUGAGGGCCACCCAACAUUAUUUUACACUGUAUGAUACUGUAACUGUUCCACACCCAGGAGAUCUCUACCACUGUGGACUUGUAGUCUCCCAGGACAGGGGGGCUUUUUGUGAGGCCUCAGGAUUUUCACCCUCGGGUCUCUUCACGCCUUAUGACCCACCCACCUCCUGACAGCCACGCAUCAGUCCGAUUUUAAAAACGUUAUUUAAAGUUCCCCUUCAGCUAGGUUUUUUUCAAGCCUGUGGCAUUCAUUUACACAUUAAAUGCCUUUAUCACCCUGAUUUUUUCUUUUCUUCUCCUGUAUCACUGUCAUUUUAAUAUGUACUGCUAUUUUAGACGCCAAUUCCAAAGCUGCUUGGUUAACAUUGUGAUGUAGAAGGAUCAGUCAUUAUUCAGUGUUUGUUGUGGUCUUCAUCUGUGGUAAAUAUUUCAUGUUGGCCGGCCCAGUUAGGUUCUCUGGAUCUGUGGGAUGCCUUGGGUUUUCCCUGGGUAAAGUGACCGUUUACAGCUAUGUUUUGUUUUUGGUGUGGUAUUUUUCCUCACUUUGAAAUGUAAAGUAUAGAGAACUGGCCAUGACAUCUGUACCAUAAACCCACUGGAAGCCCUGCAAGUUUGCUAGUCUUGCAAAGUAAACAUACAGAAACCAUGGAUUGCAACCGAUCCUCCUCAUGUUCUAUGAUUGAACAAUACAGAUAUAGCUGUGAACCAAAUGCUUUAAACUGUCCAGUGAAAAUCUCACUUUGAAAAGCUCAUCUGUUAACUUGUCCUGUUGUAUUUGUAGCCAAAGCAGAAAUUAAGAGAAAUACUUCAAAACUCAACCUCAAACCUCAGACUGUUACAAAACUGCUUGCCAUUUCUUUUUUGGCUGAGAUGGUAUUUUUCUGUCAGAUUUAAAUGAAUGGUCCAGAACUUUUGUAUAAUUGUUUUGAAAGUGGUGCGCAUGAGCCAAAACGGGUCCUUGUUUUUUGUGUGCAGCGUCAUCCAUUUCGUAUGAUAUGCUACGUCCUGCUUUACAUUUUUGUAUUCAUAUGAUAUGUUACUAAUCCAAAUGUUACUAAUUUGUUGUGCUUAAGAUCCCGGACUGCAUCUUCAAUCAAAAGAUGUGAAAACAUGGCAUUUAAUUCUCAAUCUUUUUAAUUGAAUGGCAUCUUUCUUAAACUUCAGACAUCCAUAUCAACUAAAUUAAACUUUAAAUCACAAAAUGAUCGGUACUGCUGUCACAUGGUAUAACAAGAAGCUUGUUUUGAUUUGAUUUUGAGCGUUUACUGGCUGCCAUAUCUUUACUUGUUUCUGCAACUGUCCUUUUUUAUAUAUUAGGAUUUUACAUGUUCACUGCCUUUGUGAAACAGUCUCUGAAUGCUUGGGCUUUCAACACCGUAUUCAUAUGAAGCAAUAAAUGCUAACAUUUUAA